CAGACCACAAGCACGAGCCGCUCAAACUCGAAUGACUCUUAAUAACCGUCGUCAGCGAAAGAUUAGAAGAAGCGUCAACGGGCAGUGCUAACCAGGCGUCAAUAAAAAGGUAACCGGCUGCCGGACAGGUUCGCUUUGCGAGCAGUUCAUGAACAGUGGCUGGGUAGUCGUCAACAUUACGCUGCCGGAAUCCACGCCGACGACGACAGAAUAAGAAAAGUAAGGACUGUAAAGAAAGGCUCUACGCGUAGCGGUAACACGGUGGAAUAGAAAGUGUGAGGUGUUUUAUAUAACUGUCUGUAAACCCGUGCGCCACUGUCACCAUGCCUGCGUCUACAUUAACGAGUAACAAUGCCGUAAAAGCAUACUGUCUGAUAUUCAUCACGCUCUACUUGACACAAGCGGCCACGAGUCAGUUCUUCGUAAAGGGUUCCGGAGCAAACCUGCCUAGACUCGGUCGCAGAUCGGAGGAGCGCAUCGCCCCGUCACUGAGAAUUGCGAGAGCGAGGAUGCUAUUGGAAAAGUUUGACGCCGACAACAGCGGCGGUAUAAACAGGGAAGAGUUUGCAAAGCUGGAUCCAGUUGGAAUGCCUCUGGAUGCAUGGAGAUCGAGACUGAUGUUUGACAUUUGGGACAAAAAUGCAGACGACGAACUCUCCGAGACCGAGCUUGGGGAAAUAUAGUCGUCACGAGUUGGAUAUACGUGGAUACACGCGCUAUGAGAGGAUAUAGAUAUACUGGUGAGACCAAGCGUGGCUAAUCGCGUAGAUCACUCAAAUAUAUACAGACCGGUCACAGAAUCUAUGGGUUUGGUUUUACCUGGUGAAUUUGUUAUGAAAUAUUUGACUGGAUUACAAUAAUUGAUUACUAUAACGUUGAGCUUUCUAGUCUUUAAGUGUAUCGAUCUAUCUGUAUAGCUAGAAACAGGUGUAGAAUUAUUGGUCUACGUCUAUUGGAAUAAUAAAUUAAUAUUUUGCCACCAUGCGACAAGAAUAACAUUAGUUAUAUACCAGCUUGUAGAAUGAUGAUUUUUCCACUGAUCAACAAUGUAAUAUUUUGUGCACGUAUAUUAAAUUAGAAACUUGUAGGC